AAUUCUCAAAUAAUAUGCCCAGGCUUUGGCUUGAAAAAAAGAAGAGACUUUGCUUGGAGUUGGAGCUCAAGGAGCCAAAAAGCUUCAAGCUUGGGAGGGACCACCAUUUCAAAUUUUCUUGGACCUCUGUGACUCUGUCUAUGUUUGUCGAGAACAGUCAAAAGGAAGUAAACCAGCUCGAUCCCACUCUCUUUGAUUUUGGGUAACCAGCUCUCAAUCUCAAUCAAUCCAUAAAGAAAAGCCACCAACAGCCAACCAUGUCCAGCUCAACCCACCUCCUCUUUUCCCUCCUCCUCUUCUCCGCCGCCGCAACCCUUUCUCCCAUCCUUGCCACCGAUCACAUCGUCGGUGCCAACCGCGGCUGGAACGCCGGCAUCAACUACACCCUUUGGGCCAACAACCACACCUUUUAUGUUGGCGACCUCAUCUCAUUUAGGUACCAAAAGAACCAGUACAAUGUGUUUGAGGUAAACCAAACAGGGUACGACAACUGCACGACAGAAUUUGCGGUCGGGAACUGGAGCAGUGGCAAAGAUUUCAUACCCCUGAAUGAGGCGAAGAGGUAUUACUUCAUUUGUGGCAAUGGGCAGUGCUUUAAUGGGAUGAAGGUCUCUGUACUUGUCCAUCCUCUCCCGCCGCCCCCAUCGGCUUCUGUGGGUGAUGUUGAGCAUUCCCCAACGAGUUCUGCUGCCCCAGUGGCUGUGCAGAGGAGAGGGUUCGGGGUUCUGGUUGUAUCUUUUGUUGUGAUUUGUUUUGGAUUUGGGCGGAUCAUGUAGUGCCGGAGGUUUUGCUUUUGGCUUGGCACCUGGUCUAGCUGAGAGGAAACUGCAUUAUUCGUUUGUGUAAUUUUCCUGAAGGGUGAAAAACUUGAAAGUACUUUAUUAGUACGUGUGAUUUGACACAAAUUCAAAUA